AUGGCCCCACAGAGAACCUACGACAACCCUCAAGGAGUUAACGCAGUUUUACUGGGACCUCCUGGGUCUGGAAAGGGCACACAGGCACCACUGCUGGCCAAGACCUACAGUGUCUGCCAUUUGUCGACGGGUGACAUGCUCAGGGCAGUGAUUGCCUCUGGGAGUGAACUAGGGAAGCGAAUCCAAGGGGUCGUUGACUCUGGCCAGUUGGUCAGUGAUGAGUUGGUUCUGGAGCUGGUCAAUGAUAACCUGAAUAAACCAGAAUGCAGGAAUGGAUUCCUAUUGGAUGGUUUUCCCCUGGACGAUCUGCUAGAGAAAAGGAGAAGCCCAUUGGAUGCUGUCAUUGAGUUUGCUAUCGAUGAUUCUCUUCUGCUGAAACGGAUAACAGGGAGACUGUUCCACAUUCCGAGUGGCCGUAGUUACCAUGAAGAGUUCAACCCACCAAAGAAAGAGAUGACAGACGAUAUAACCGGUGAGCCUUUGGUUCGAAGAAAUGACGACAACGCUGAUGCAUUGAAGAAGCGACUCGAUACCUACCAUAAACAAACAAAACCGUUGGUGGAUUACUAUUCCAAGCAAGGUCUUCAUGUUGCGGUCAAUGCCUCGCUGCCACCUCAGGCUGUCUUUGCUGCAAUCCGGUCCAUAUUUUCAACAACAGUAUCAAGGGAUCAGAUCUUGUCAAUGAGAAACUGA